AGAACUGAUUUACAACUUUUAUUUGUGUUAGUUUUGCACUCGGUGACAUAAUUCAGUUUAAUCAUUGACAGAAAAAGUUUGCCCGGCGGUGACGUGUGCAAAAAUCCACCGGGGCAGAUGAUCGUGAAGACACGCGGAGCGCAAAACCUGCGGGGAUUUAAACGCGCGCGCACCGUCACGCCACAGGACGGUACAGACAUGACACACACCUGAGCCUUCUGCUUUGCAGUUGUUUGUUAAGGAAGGGUAAUCUAAACUCCGGUCUUAGGUCUACUGGGACACCGGCACAAUGAAUAAACUCAGUCCUUUCAGUAAUCUUGCCAAGUUUAUCUCCAAGUCGCCUGAUAAUGGGCCAGUCGGCGGAGAGCAGCUCUGCAUGGAGGACUGCAAACCUCUGUGCCGCUGCGACCCGGAGCUCUGCGUUUGCUCUUUACCACAGAAUAGUAAAGAUGGACCCACGGAAUAUAAGGAGAAUGGAAAUCAACAGGAGGGCCGGAUCCCUGAAAAACAUGCUUUUGAUAAUUUUGGUUAUGAACCAGAUGGGCUGAAGCACAACUUAGUCCACCAGUUGCCAGCUGAGGAGGGCGAGGUGAAGAUCCGGGUGGAGGGAAUGACCUGUCAAUCAUGUGUCCGGUCUAUUGAAGAACGAAUGGGACAUCUUGAAGGUGUCAUUGGUGUCCAGGUGUCUUUGAGCGAUAAAGAAGCCAUUUUGAGGUUUAACCCUGCAAAGGUAACACCAGAGGAUUUGAGAAAGCAUAUUGAAGAAAUGGGGUUUGAUGCUUCACUUCUGGCCUUGCAAGGUCAUAUACAGCCUUUGCCUUUGACUGAUUGGUCUGAGGUGACGUUAGGAGUUGAAGGGAUGCAUUGUGGGUCAUGUGUGAAGAACAUAACUGAGACCUUGUCGGGAAUGUUGGGUGUCAACUCUGUAUUCGUCUCAUUGGAAAAAGGAAGUGUGGACCUUAGGUUUGACCCAUCUCUGCUAACCCUAGAGACGGUUAAAGGGUUCCUAGAAGAGAUUCCGCCUGGGAAUUUUAGGGUUUCCAUUCCAGGUUGGAGCUCAAGAUUGAAUUCCGCCAGUACUCCAACCCAGAGCAUCAUCAUUGGAAUAGAAGGAAUGACAUGCAGCUCUUGUGUUCAAGCCAUUGAGGGGAUGAUGUCCCAGAGAGCUGGGGUACGCUCCAUAAAAGUUUACUUACAGGAAAAGAAGGGAAUUGUAACAUUUGACUCCACUGUGACCUGUCCGGAAGAACUGCGUGCAGAGAUUGAAGACAUGGGUUUUGAAGCGUGGCUAAAUCAAGAUUCAGAAAUUCGUGAUGUUUCAUCGGUCAGUCAGGUGCCAAGUGGUCUGAAACACCUGCCCUCACUAAGACACACAUCCAAACCUUCACCAAGCACAAUCACCAAAGAAAACGCUGACGGUACAGUGGAAAGAGAGUUGCGGAAAUGUUUCGUUCAUGUGACAGGGAUGACUUGCGCAUCCUGUGUGUCCAACAUUGAAAGAAACCUGGUGAAACAUGAAGGUAUUAAAUCUGUGUUAGUUGCCCUGAUGGCUGGUAAGGCAGAGGUGAAGUAUGAUCCAGGCCUUCUGGACCCAGCACAGAUCGUCCAGCUUAUCUCUCGCUUGGGGUUUGGUGCUUCAGUGAUGGAAGAGAAUUCAGUCCAGGGCGGUGUGCUGGAUCUCUCUGUCACCGGUAUGACGUGUGCAUCUUGUGUCCAUAACAUCGAGAGCAAACUCUUGAGGACAAAGGGAAUCCUGGAAGCAUCCGUCGCGCUGGCCACAAACAAAGCCCAUGUGAAGUUUGACUCGGAUUUGGUAGGCUCUCGAGACAUCGUCCGAAUAAUUGAGGAUUUGGGUUUUGGUGUGUCUCUAUUAAAAAACGAGGGAUUGAACAACACGCUGGACCACCAAGAGGAAAUUCGCCAAUGGAAGCAUUCGUUUCUGUUCAGCCUUGUGUUUGGGAUCCCAGUGAUGGGUCUGAUGAUCUACAUGAUGGUGAUGGACAGUCAGCACAAGGAACAUGGUGGCUCCAUGCCUGUAGAUCAGAACAUCCUCCCUGGUCUCUCCAUCAUUAACCUGGCCUUUUUCCUGCUCUGCACACCUGUUCAGUUUCUAGGUGGUCGUUACUUCUACAUACAAGCGUACCGGUCACUCAGACAUGGUGUAGCCAACAUGGACGUGCUCAUCGUUUUGGCCACCACCAUUGCAUAUGUGUAUUCAUUCACAGUGCUGAUCGUAGCCAUGAUUGAAGGAGCCAAACAGAGUCCUCUGACGUUUUUUGAUACGCCGCCAAUGCUUUUUGUGUUCAUUGCUCUUGGACGCUGGUUGGAGCACAUUGCUAAGAGUAAGACUUCAGAGGCUCUGGCUAAACUCAUGUCUCUUCAGGCAACAGACGCCACUAUAGUGUCCCUGGGUCCCGACAACACCAUCAUCAGAGAGGAGCAGGUGUGUGUGGAUCUGGUGCAGAGGGGUGACGUGGUGAAGGUGGCACCCGGGGGAAAGUUCCCUGUCGACGGGAAGGUCAUUGAGGGCACGUCUAUGGCAGAUGAGUCUCUGAUCACAGGAGAGCCGAUGCCGGUGAUUAAGAAAGCAGGCAGUUGUGUGAUCGCAGGCUCGAUUAAUGCUCAUGGAGCUCUGCUGGUGGAAGCCACACAUGUAGGAUCAGAGACCACACUUAGCCAAAUCGUCAAACUAGUGGAAGAGGCCCAGACGUCAAAGGCACCCAUUCAACAGUUAGCAGACAAAUUGAGUGGCUACUUCGUUCCCUUCAUAGUGGUGAUCUCUAUCCUAACAGUGACAGCAUGGCUCAUCAUUGGCUUUCUGGACUUUGACGUUGUGGCAAAGAAUUUCCCUGGUUACAACCAAAACAUCUCGCGAACAGAGGUGAUCGUGCGCUUUGCCUUCCAGGCCUCCAUCACUGUUUUGUCCAUCGCCUGCCCCUGUUCUCUGGGUCUGGCCACCCCGACUGCUGUGAUGGUGGGCACAGGGGUGGGCGCACAGAACGGCAUCCUCAUAAAGGGAGGAGAACCGCUGGAAAUGGCCCACAAGGUUGGCGCUGUAAUGUUUGAUAAGACAGGCACCAUUACUAAUGGUGUGCCGCAGGUGACCCGUGUGCUGGUGUUGUGGGACCGAGCGAGGCUUCCUCUGCGGACGGUCCUGGCAGUGGUGGGCACGGCUGAGGCCAGCAGUGAGCACCCGCUAGGCAUGGCUGUUGCAAAGUACUGCAAAGAGGAGUUGGGAGCAGAGACUCUGGGCUUCUGCCAUGACUUCCAGGCUGUUCCCGGCUGUGGAAUCAGCUGUAAAGUGUCCAGCGUUGAGGAUCUGCUGCAGAACAGCCCAAAGACACAAGAAACAAAAGCAUCCGCGGCGAAACAAACACCACUUCUCGUCACCCUCCAAGGAGUCACAACAGAUGAGAGCAGCCUUGUGGCAGACACUGAUUCAGGGUCAGACAGUCCCUCGUACUCUGUGCUGAUCGGGAACAGACAGUGGAUGAUGAGGAACGGUCUGGAGGUCACAGCCGAUGUGGAUAAUGCCAUGAGCAGCCAUGAGACUAAAGGACAGACAGCCAUUCUUGUGGCCAUCGAUGGUGUGCUGUGUGCCAUGUUAGCUGUGGCAGAUACAGUGAAGGCAGAGUCGGCUCUGGCUGUUCACACUCUGAGCAGCAUGGGAAUAGAAGUCUUCAUGAUCACAGGAGACAACAGACGCACUGCCCGCGCCAUCGCCACACAGGUGGGCAUCAGGAAGGUGUUUGCUGAAGUCUUACCCUCUCAUAAAGUGGCGAAGGUUCAUGAGUUGCAGGAAAGAGGUCUGAAAGUCGCAAUGGUGGGUGAUGGGGUCAAUGACUCGCCCGCUCUUGCCCAUGCUGAUCUGGGCAUCGCCAUAGGAACUGGCACAGAUGUUGCCAUCGAGGCAGCAGAUAUUGUGCUUAUACGGAAUGAUUUGCUGGAUGUGGUGGCCAGUAUUGAGCUGUCUAAAAAGACAGUCCAAAGAAUCCGGAUCAAUUUUGUGUUCGCUCUCAUUUACAACUUGCUUGGCAUCCCUUUUGCGGCAGGUGUGUUCAUGCCUCUGGGGCUGGUGCUGCAGCCGUGGAUGGGCUCUGCUGCAAUGGCAGCUUCAUCUGUUUCUGUGGUGCUGUCUUCUCUACUGCUGCGACUUUUCAAGAAGACGUCAGUAGAAGAGUACGAGUCCAGAGCUCAGAGUCAUAAGCUCAGUCUGAGCCCAUCUCAGGUCAGCACUCAUGUAGGACUGGAGAGCCGGCGCUGCAGCCCUCUUUCAGAGAGACAUAGGCGGAACCGAUCAGCCUCAGGCUCCUCCUCCCUCAAAUCAGGCUCCUCCCACCCAUCCACAAUACAACCAUACAACACCUCAGGAAGGAGCGUUGUGUAAAGCACACAGCCGUGAGAAGAUUUUAGAUAAGGUUAUGUUUUGUGUUAUAUGCAAGGGAUAUUUUUCCUUUUUGUCCUCUGCCAUAACUGAAAUAAA